AUGUCUACAACAAACAUUUCAACCAUUGGCGGCGGCGGCGGCGGCGGAGGUGAUAGUAGUGCUUCAGCUCCUACAGAAGACACUAAAUCCACCCGAUCCUCUUCGACUACUUCCUCCACAACCACAACAAUCACCACGGCAAUACCCACAACUGCUGCUGCUAACCAGGAAGCUACUUCAUCUGACCCGUUAUCUGCAGAUCAGCUUGAUAAGGUUAAAAAUGCCGAUCCAGAAAAUGCCAAUGAUUCUUCCUCAUCAUCAUCUUCUGACGACGAAGCCCUCAAAACUCCCAUCACCUCAGCAGCAGCCGCCGCGGCCGCGCACAUCGCCGACGCCGAGGGCGCCAAACUACA